CAACAGGGUCGAGGUGGGAAAGGCAGCAUCUAUGUGUGGGCCUCCGGAGACGGUGGUAGCUAUGACGACUGUAACUGCGACGGAUACGCCUCCAGCAUGUGGACCAUCUCUAUUAACUCGGCCAUCAAUGACGGACGCACCGCGCUCUAUGAUGAAAGCUGCUCCUCCACCCUCGCCUCCACCUUCAGCAACGGCCGUAAAAGAAACCCUGAAGCAGGCGUGGCCACCACGGAUCUGUAUGGAAACUGCACACUGCGUCAUUCGGGCACAUCUGCCGCCGCCCCUGAGGCUGCUGGCGUGUUUGCCCUGGCGUUGGAGGCCAAUCCGAACCUGACGUGGAGGGACCUGCAGCACCUGACGGUCCUCACCUCUAAGAGGAACAAGCUGCAUGACGAGGUGCACCAGUGGAGGAGGAACGGUGUGGGCCUGGAGUUCAACCAUCUGUUCGGAUACGGCGUGCUGGAUGCCGGAGGGAUGGUCAAACUGGCCCGGGAGUGGAAGACCGUCCCGGAACGAUUCCACUGUGUGGCGGGAUCCGUGCAGGAGAUAGACAAAAUACAGUCGGCCAACAAACUGGUGCUGAGCAUCACGACCGAUGCCUGCCAGGGCAAGGACAACUUUGUGCGCUAUCUGGAGCACGUGCAGGCCGUCAUCACCAUCAAUGCCAGCCGCCGCGGGGACCUCAACGUCAACAUGACUUCACCAAUGGGGACCAAGUCCAUCCUGCUGAGCCGCCGACCCCGGGAUGACGACGCCAAGGUUGGCUUCGACAAGUGGCCCUUCAUGACCACCCACACGUGGGGCGAGGACCCUCGAGGAACCUGGCUGCUGGAGGUGGGUUUCCAGGGUGAAGCCCCACAGAGCGGCGUGCUGAAAGAGUGGACCCUCAUGCUGCACGGAACACAAAGUGCUCCUUACAUAGACCAAGUGGUGCGGGACUUCCAGUCCAAACUGGCCAUGUCCAAAAAAGAAGAGCUUGAGGAGGAAUUAGACGAAGCUGUGGAGAGAAGCUUGAAAAGCCUUUUGAGUAAAAAUAACUAGCCAUGUGCAUGAUAAUAUCCCCUCUGUAUUAGCAUAUAUUCCUAGCCUGUUCUCUCUCGGCUUUCUCUUUUUUUCUUGUGAUUAUUUGAUGAAUGUUUGACGUGAGUCGCUCAUAUUAAAGUGUAUUCUCUGAAUGAUACAGCGGCCGUGAAAACCAUUUCAACACUUAAGACACACUUAGAAAUGUUUGAACAUAAUUGUGCCAAAUAUCAAAGCAAGUGGCAUUUUCCUUAAUGAAAGACAGCACAAGCACACUUUACAAGCAAAACACUUCACAAAAAGACCUUUAUGUAACGGACGAGCGUGGCAACGAAGUUGGAGAUCCAAAUGCAGGCUUUAUUUGAAAAAGCGUGGUCAAAACAGGCAGGCUCAAACACCAGCAAACAACAAUGUCUAAGGGCAAGGCAAAAAGAGUAAUCCAGAUAACAGGCGAGAGUCAGGGCAGGCAGCAAAAUCAUCAAAAACCAGAAAACAGUCCAAAGUAAAAAAAAAAAAAACACAAGCUGGGCAAGGCAAAGACAAAGACAAGGAUAACAGGAAACACUUAGAAUUGUAGCUAAUACAAACAAUAUUUUGCAAGCCGUGUAUCAAUGAGAGCAGCUCUUAUAGUCCUACUGAUAGGAAACAGGUGAGUGAAUGAUCAGUUUCUAUGCAUGGGAUUAUGGGAAAUGGAGUCCGGGGUGAAAAGGUGAUGGAGACCUUGUGAGUGGGAGGAACAGCAGGGACCAGAAUCAUGACACUUUGUCAGGUUUCAAAUAAAUAUACUGAGUUCAGAUAUCUA